AAAUCCAAAUACUCCAGGUGCCAAUGCGGUGAAAGAAAAUUAUGAAGUUUAUUCCUGAAAUCACACUACUCUUGCUUUUAUUUGUACACUCUACACAGGCUAAAGGAAAACGACGGAAAUGUCCGGAGGGUGCGUGGUCGGAAGGAAAGAUUAUGAACACGAUCAUGAGCAACUACACGAAAAUGUUGCCCGACGCGGAGGACAGCGUACAAGUUAAUAUUGAGAUUCAUGUACAGGAUAUGGGAAGCUUGAAUGAAAUAUCAUCCGACUUUGAAAUUGACAUUUUAUUCACUCAACUGUGGCAUGACUCGGCACUUUCUUUUGCUCAUCUUCCGGCUUGUAAGCGAAAUAUCACAAUGGAAACACGACUUUUACCUAAGAUUUGGUCUCCAAACACGUGUAUGAUUAAUUCAAAACGAACAACCGUCCAUGCAUCACCAUCGGAAAAUGUGAUGGUUAUUCUGUACGAGAAUGGAACAGUCUGGAUUAACCAUCGUCUUAGUGUCAAAUCACCUUGCAAUUUGGAUCUGCGACAGUUUCCUUUCGAUACUCAAACUUGCAUAUUAAUCUUUGAAUCCUAUAGUCAUAACUCAGAAGAAGUUGAACUUCAUUGGAUGGAAGAAGCUGUCACAUUAAUGAAGCCAAUUCAACUUCCUGACUUUGAUAUGGUUCAUUAUUCAACUAAAAAGGAAACUUUACUCUAUCCAAACGGGUACUGGGAUCAGCUUCAAGUUACUUUCACUUUCAAACGACGAUAUGGAUUCUAUAUUAUUCAAGCCUAUGUUCCAACAUAUCUUACAAUCAUUGUAUCUUGGGUUUCAUUCUGCAUGGAACCAAAAGCUCUGCCGGCAAGAACAACUGUCGGAAUCUCAUCUCUUCUAGCUCUUACUUUCCAGUUUGGAAAUAUUUUGAAAAAUCUUCCAAGGGUUUCAUAUGUGAAAGCAAUGGAUGUGUGGAUGCUUGGAUGCAUAUCAUUUGUCUUCGGAACCAUGGUAGAAUUGGCAUUUGUUUGUUACAUUUCCCGUUGUCAGAACAGCGUAAGAAACGCGGAACGACGACGGGAACGAAUGAGAAAUUCUCAGGUGUGGGCAAACGGAUCGUGUAGAACUAGAAGCAACGGGUAUGCAAACGGGGGAUCUGUAAUCUCACAUUAUCAUCCAACAAGCAAUGGAAAUGGGAAUAAUAAUCGACAUGAUACACCUCAAGUUACUGGAAGAGGAUCACUUCAUCGAAACGGGCCACCAUCUCCAUUAAACCUUCAAAUGACUACAUUUGAUUCGGAGAUCCCUCUGACUUUUGAUCAGCUGCCAGUUUCCAUGGAAUCCGAUAGACCCCUGAUUGAAGAGAUGCGAUCAACAUCACCACCUCCACCAUCUGGAUGUCUGGCCAGAUUCCAUCCGGAAGCAGUGGACAAAUUCUCCAUUGUAGCUUUUCCAUUGGCAUUUACAAUGUUUAAUCUUGUCUACUGGUGGCACUAUUUGUCUCAAACUUUCGAUCAAAACUAUCAGUGAUUGAAGUUUAUCCCUUUUAAUUCCAAUAAUUCACAGUUGCCGGUAUCUACCUCCAUUCUUUUCCGAUGAUUCGCAGUUUUUCACAGGGUUCAAAUGUAUCUCGUUCAAUCUUUUUAUGGUUAUUUCUCUUGAAUGUCCAUUUUAAUAUUUAUAGAACACUUUUAUGUACAUUGUGUUGGUAUUCAAUUCGAAAAACAAUGAAAUUUAUUUCUAAAU